GGAGGUGGCGCCUCCAGAAAGGUCUUGGACAUGGCCGCCAUCUGGCGCGGGUUUUACACGUCAGACGCCUCUCUUCAUGGAAGCCUACGACGACGACGACCAUCCCCGCAGCCCCUCGGACGACGACGAGACUACGGAGCCGAAGCGGCGCAAGACCAAGGACGCGGACGACGACCACUCGAGUGGUGGCGACCACCGCAAGCUCAAGAACCGCGAGGCCGCCGCGCUCUCGCGCCGCCGCAACAAGGACCGCAUGGAGCAGCUGCAGCGGCGCGUCUUCGACAUGGAGACGAUGAACACGCGCCUCAAGGCACUUGUCGACGAGCUUCAGUGGAAGAUGGUGUCGCACGGCCUCGAGCGCGAGGUCCACGAGUGCCACGCCCAAGCAGGCAUCGUUGUCAAUGGAAACCACAUUGCCAUGCAGUCGCCACGGAGGAAACCCAAGGCUGCGAGACCUAGUGUGGCGAAGGAGCCGGUGGCGACACCAAAGGCCGCGUUCCCGUCGCCGCACACGGCGCCGAUGCGCCCGCAGCUCUCGGAGCAGCGGCUCUUCCCGCCGCCGAGCGCAGCCCCGCCGUCGUCGCGCACGUCGCCGUACAUGUACCCGCCAUUAGUGCCACCGCCGCGUGAGUACGCACCCCGUCAAGAAGUGCAACUCGAAAGCCACGUCUCCGCACUGCUCGGGCUGCAAUUUAGCCAGCCCAUGGUCAAGCCCGAGCCGCCACCGCCGUCCUCGUACCCGCCGUUCCCGUACCCGCCUUUUCAAAUGGACCAAGCGCCAGGCUAUAUACCCUACCGGUCGUCGUAAAACCAUAGUCCCAACAACUUUCUUUGCC